AAGACUUUGAACCCAAUCAGUAUCCAGACAGCUGCCUCUCCCAAACGUGUUUUGUAGAUAGCACAAAUGAUAUAGGGUACAGGUAUUCUAUAGAUUACACUUGUGUACUGUGUCAAGCUGUCUUCCAAAGCAACCCAAUUACAAAAAGUUCAUAGGAAGGGAGUGAUGUCUUAAAAAUGACUUAUACACUUAAGACAAAAACAAGAAGAAAGAAGAUGCUUAGAGGGAGUAACCAGGUCCUGAGGAAUUGUCAGGGGGAAGCUUUAGGUUUUGCUCUGUGAAAGCUUUGGUAGAAGGCAAAGCAGAAGCUGGUGCACUGCAGAAGGUGCACUGCAGAAGGUGAAUGUGCUUUCAAGUCCAUGACUCUGCCAACAGUGCUUUUGGUGGGAAGCACAGUCUGGCAGCACUAACCUCACACAAGCUGGCAGGAAGUGUCAGUUGGGAAACUGGCACAUGCGGUGGUAUGUCCUACUUCAGUGUUAACGUCAACACAGUCAAGGUUCUGAAAAAGACUAUUUCUUAAACCUCCCCAAUGUUAGCAAAAAGUUUUUCGGUACAAAUUAAUAAUUUGAACCAGUCUUUGACAAAAUAUAAUGAAAAUGUAGAAAGAAAUGACCAACGAGUAUUCAAUUGUUUUUAAUUUAUUUGAACCUAAAAUAGAGGAUAAUUUAAUGAAUACAACAUACCUACUUCUCAGAAUUGAGAGACUAAAGUAUAAAGUCAUGGUAGGGAGUGGUGGUAUAUACUUUUAAUCUAUAUCUAUGUACUUUUAUCACCUUAAUAAAACUAUGGCUAAUGUUUGGAAGCAAUUACUCUGAUCCUUAUUCUAUUUUUUCAAAACAUUACAUAUAAAGCAAAUAUAAUGUUGUAUCAUGUAAUAUUAACAGAGCAUCAUAAAUGCAAGUUUUCAUGGCUAUUUUUUUAGCUGCAUAAUAUUCCAAGUUGACACUCCACUACUGAUUUCAUUAUUCUUUGCAUUUAUAGUCUGGGUUACUUGCAACUUUCUUUGUUGGCUUUCUUGAGUAAUACUGCAAUGACCACACUAUAAUAUACAACUUAGGAGAGCUACCUUCUUAGUGUGUAUCUGUUUAAGGACAACAGUGGUAUUUUAAGCUGUUAAUUUUCCAAGAUAAGGAAAUUAUAGCCAAUUUACUUUCAGGGUGUAUGUGUUUGUGGGUGGGGGGAGUAUGCCAUCGGUGAUGUUAAAGUACUCCCGUUCCUCCAACUGAAUUCUGAUUCAUGAGUGAAGGAGAGAGUAUUUGGAUAUGUAUCAUUCUCGACACCCUUUGCAUACUUAAGGACCCCCAGGGGUAACUGUGUAACAUUUGAUUGUGAUUAAUCUGACACUACCAAAGCUGCCCAAGUAUCUCAGUCUACUUUUCUCUAAUUUGUUCAGGAUAGUUUAAUAUAAUUUUGUUAAAUGUAGUACUGAUGACAAACUUUAAUACUGCUUCUUCUAAUGACUACCUGUGAACUUCUGAGGCUCAGUCUUACACAUCUUAAUUUUAUAUCUAUAUACUUUUUUUUUAUGAAUGUAUGUGCAUGUGUGUACAGGGUACACCUGAAAGUCUGAGGACAAAUUCAAGUGUCAUCCUUGGAAAGGCUGUCCACUUUUUCUGAGAUGAGGUCUCUCCCUGGCCUCCAGCUACUACCAAUUAGGCUAGAUCGGCUGGCCAGCUAGCACAGCGGGCUCUUCUGUCUCUGCUUUCUCAGCGUUGGUGUUAUAUGCACACCACUAUGCCUAGCAAUUUUUACUUGGAUUCUGGGGACUGGAACUCAGUUCUUCCAAUCGCAAGGCAAGUGUUUUCCUGACUGAACCAUCCUCAGGCCAGGUCUUGUUAUGUCAGAGCCUAGCAUAGCUCUUGCUUGGUAUGUAAUCAUCAUUGAUUCUCAUUUAAGGUUAGUUUGAACAAUAUGUUGAAUGUAGCUUAAAUUUAUCAAGCCCUGAAACACCACCUUCCAUGGCAAGUCUUUAAGACAUGCACGUUUAUUUAACACCAAUGAAGCAUCCAAUACAAACAGCACACACGACUCACUAGGUACGCCCUGGAUUGGAAUGAAUAAACUUUGGGCAAUUUCAGGCCUUCCCCUGCUCAGGGACAAUUUGCCUUUCUUUUAUUGCUUCUCGGCGUUCUUAUGGGGAUCCCUUUUCUUUUCUUUUUUUUUUUUUUUAAAGAUUUAUUUUUAUUUAUUAUAUGUAAGUACACUAUAGCUGUCUUCAGACACUCCAGAAGAGGGCGUCAGAUCUUGUUACAGAUGGUUGUGAGCCACCAUGUGGUUGCUGGGAUUUGAACUCUGGACCUUCGGAAGAGCAGUCGGGUGCUCUUACCCACUGAGCCAUCUCACCAGCCCGGGGAUCCCUUUUCUUCUUAAAGGAAAUGUGAAUGUUGCUACUUAGCAUUUUGGAACCUUGUGAUAGUUUCUAAUUGCCUUCAAGAAAAAGUCCAAUCCCUUAAUACUGCCUGAAAAGCACUUCUGCGAACUCUGCUCAGCUGUGUGAUAUCAUUACACUACUAAAACCCUACCCCCAUUCACCUGGAGACCUCCUUCACAAGCUGUUAGCUUCGGCUAGAAUGCUCUUUCUCUACACACCUAGCAGCAAUAAAAAGCAAGUGCUAGAUUGAAUUCUUCCCAAACACGGGACAUUUUUAUGAACCACUUCGCUCAUUAUGAAGUGGAUACUUACUUAAUCUCAAAUGUACAAAGGAGACACAGAGAAGCAAGCAGGUUCCAAAGGCAGGUCUGAAUUCAAGGAUGCUGUAAACACUCUCCCCACUCCCCAACAGUUCUCAGUAGGAGUUCAACUCUUUAAAUCCCCUCUAACAGCUGAUGUUAACACUAGACACUAAUUCACAUCUUAUGCCUCAUUAGCCGGAGGAUAAAUAAGCCCUCUGAAUUCAGGUCCGACUGCAUCUGGUUAACUUUUGCAUCCCCAGCUCCUUGGGAACAUGUAAUUAACAUUAACAAAUACCUGUUGGAUAUUUAAAUGAGUGAACACUGCGUCCACGCAGAGAUAGCAGCUUAGAAUUUCCCUGGGCAGCAUCACUAGGCUUACCAGAUUGGGAUCUAUAUAGCAUGCAUCUCAACCUCACCCUUUUGGCAGUGUGAAACUUUAUAUAUUCUUUUGUGACUUCGUCAGGCUGCCACGAUUCCUUAAAUGCUGCCCACACCCGUCCUUUUCAUAACAGGGAUUUGUCUUUUGAGAAAAUCUUUUAGAGAAGAUUUCUAAAACCCUAAUAUCAAUUUUUCACUUCACUGCGGUUCAAUUGUCUUCACGCCUCUCCCCUUUAAAAAAAGGUGGUGGUGGGGGGAGCAAAUUGGAAAUCAAUGAGGGGAAAACUUUUUUUUAAAAAGUGAAUUUCGAAUGCAGAGUAGGAAAACAUUCCAGCACAUUUGGAAUUGGGUCUUCCCGUGCUGCCAAGGUAGCACUGUCCCAGGUGGCACCUUUGAGAGAAAAAAAUCCCGAGGGCCAUCAAAGCGGAGGAAACAGGUGCUGCUCUAAGCAGGGGUUUGGUGGCAUCCAGGGUUCUGGCUCCAUCUUUUGACAAAGAGCCCAGAAGCUAAGGCUAUCUGGCCAGUAGUCCAUCACCUUCGAGGGGGAGGAUUUAAAAAAAAAAAACAAAAAAAAAAAAACAAAGGCUAGAGGGGUGGCGGAGCACAGGGAAAGGGAGAGGAAACGUGACAAACGGAAGCAAACUCUCCUCUCCGGGGAGCGAGGUUGGGCUGCGUCCCCUUCCAAGGACCUGAGACGGACUGUCAUUUUGUGUUUUCCCCUCCAAGCGGACUACCACCGGGUCUCGUGAGAGCCUCGGCGCCGCCGCCGUGGGGAAGGCCUCCCUCCGAGGGCUCGGGCUGAAGCAACCGCCUCCGGUCAGCUCGCGGACGCCCCGUGGGGGCCACGCCUGCGGUCCCCCACCCCCGGGCCAGGCCUCCUACCCACAAGGCCCCGCGCCACUCGCGCAGGCGCAGAGGCGGCGAGCGUCUCAGGAAGAGGAAAAUGGCAUAAACAAGUCGGGAGGACCCGGAGCGCGAGCCGACGAGCGAGCGGAGGGCAAGAGUUUAAAAACAAACCGGCGGCUCCCUCCCGCCGUGCCUUUGCCCCACAGCUUCCGGUCGCCGCCGCCUCAGGGUCGUUUCUCCCCGCAGCCCCGGCCGCGCGCCCACCGCGGCGUCCCGCGCGGCCCCUUUAAGGACAGCGGAGAGGGAGAGGGAGAAUCCCUGCUCGCCGCCCGCCCGCCCUUCCCCCUCCCCGGGCGGCUCCGGCUCCCUCAGCGGGGCCCAACCCGCCCGCCCGGCUUCCAUCCGGCUCCGGCGGCGGCUCCUUCCCGCCCUCGUCUAUGGUGGCGGCGGGGGACGCGGCUGCGGCGUGGCCAUGAACAGUGGCGGCGGCGGUGGCCUCCCGCCGCCCUCGGCCGCUGCCUCGCCGUCGUCGUCCUCGCUGGCGGCGGCCGUGGCGGUGGCGGUGGCGGCCUCGUCGGGCGUCGGGGGCGUCCCCGGCGGGCCGGCGGCGGCGGCGGGCGUGAAGCUCAAGUACUGCCGCUACUACGCCAAGGACAAGACGUGCUUCUACGGCGAGGAGUGUCAGUUCCUGCACGAGGACCCAGCCGCCGGCGCGGCCCCGGGGCUUGGCCUCCAUAGCAACAGCGUCCCGCUGGCGCUAGCGGCCGCGGCCGGGGCCGCCUUUCCUCCGGGAGCGCUCCCGGGCGGGGGAGCGGGGCCGCCCGCGGGGCCCAAGAAGCCGGAGCUGGGCGUCCCGGGGGCGGCGACCGCGGGCGGCGGACUCGAUGGCCCGCGGGUGGCGAUUCCGGGAAUGGAUGGAGGUGCUUUAACUGAUGCGAGUCUCACAGAGUCCUAUUUCAGCACCAGCUUUAUUGGAGUCAAUGGAUUUGGAAGCCCUGUAGAAACAAAGUAUCCCUUGAUGCAGAGAAUGACUAGUAGUAGCAGCUCCCCAAGCCUUCUAAAUGACAGUGCCAAGCCAUACACAGGCCACGAUCUUCUGACUUCAUCUGCUUCAUCCUUGUUUAAUGACUUCGGUGCCCUCAACAUCUCCCAGAGAAGGAAGCCAAGGAAGUAUCGCCUGGGGAUGCUGGAGGAGAGGCUAGUUCCGAUGGGAUCACAGGCACGAAAAGCAAAGAACCCUCUUGGCUGCCUUGCUGACAGGUGUGAGUCAGGAGUGCCCGUCAGUAUGGUUUGGUGGGACAGAGUCCCAGAAAACAAUUUACAGACACCAAAUCCUACUGCAAGCGAAUUUAUACCUAAAGGAGGAUCAACCUCCAGGCUGAGUAACGUGUCCCAGUCAAAUAUGUCUGCCUUCUCUCAAGUUUUCUCUCACCCAUCCAUGGGAAGUCCUGCUACUGCUGGAUUAGCACCAGGAAUGUCACUGUCUGCUGGAUCUUCCCCUCUCCAUUCCCCCAAAAUUACUCCACACACCUCUCCUGCUCCUAGAAGAAGAAGCCACACUCCAAACCCAGCAAGUUUCAUGGUGCCGCCUAGUGCCUCCACUCCUGCCAAUAACCCUGCUCCUCAGCCUCCGUCCUCUGGUCAGGUGAUCCAGAAGGAGACUGUCGGGGGGACGACUUACUUCUAUACAGAUACAACCCCAGCACCUUUGACUGGAAUGGUAUUUCCAAACUAUCAUAUUUAUCCUCCAACCGCACCUCAUGUUGCUUAUAUGCAACCAAAAGCAAAUGCACCUUCCUUCUUCAUGGCCGACGAGCUCCGACAGGAGCUGAUCAACAGACAUUUAAUAACGAUGGCUCAAAUUGACCAAGCAGAUAUGCCAGCAGUCCCCACAGAAGUUGACAGCUACCAUAGCCUGUUCCCUCUAGAACCACUGCCACCUCCCAACCGGAUACAGAAAUCAAGUAAUUUUGGAUAUAUCACGUCUUGCUACAAAGCUGUAAAUAGCAAAGAUGAUCUGCCAUAUUGCCUUCGGAGGAUACAUGGUUUUCGUCUUGUUAACACAAAGUGCAUGGUGUUGGUUGAUAUGUGGAAAAAAAUUCAGCACUCAAAUAUUGUAACUCUGCGUGAAGUGUUUACCACUAAAGCAUUUGCCGAGCCUUCUCUGGUGUUCGCCUAUGAUUUCCAUGCUGGAGGAGAAACUAUGAUGAGCAGACACUUUAACGACCCGAAUUCUGAUGCCUACUUCACAAAGAGGAAGUGGGGCCAGCACGAUGGACCACUGCCCAGGCAGCAUGCUGGAUUGUUACCAGAGUCUCUCAUCUGGGCAUACAUUGUACAGCUGAGUUCUGCUCUGCGGACCAUUCAUACAGCAGGUUUGGCCUGUAGAGUAAUGGACCCAACGAAGAUUCUGAUAACCAGCAAAACAAGGUUACGAGUAAAUUGUGUAGGAGUCUUUGAUGUUUUAACAUUUGAUAACAGUCAAAAUAAUAAUCCUUUGGCAUUAAUGGCUCAGUACCAGCAAGCAGAUCUGAUAUCAUUAGGAAAAGUUGUGUUGGCUUUGGCUUGCAACUCUUUGGCAGGAAUUCAGCGAGAAAAUUUACAGAAAGCCAUGGAAUUGGUGACAAUCAACUACUCCUCUGACCUGAAGAACCUCAUCUUGUACUUGUUGACUGACCAAAACAGGAUGCGGAGUGUGAAUGACAUCAUGCCCAUGAUUGGUGCUCGGUUUUACACUCAAUUGGAUGCUGCUCAAAUGAGAAAUGAUGUUAUCGAGGAAGACCUUGCUAAGGAGGUUCAAAAUGGAAGACUGUUUAGGCUUCUAGCAAAAUUGGGAACAAUCAACGAGAGGCCGGAGUUUCAGAAGGAUCCAACCUGGUCAGAGACUGGAGACAGAUACCUGUUGAAACUCUUUAGAGAUCAUCUUUUUCAUCAGGUGACAGAAGCAGGUGCUCCCUGGAUCGACCUCAGUCACAUCAUUUCUUGUCUUAACAAGAUACUGACAGUGGUACUUACAGUAAGCUACAGACAGUCGUCUUGAGAAGACUGGAUUUCAUAUCCUAAAAAACUAGAUGCUGGUGUGCCAGAAAAAAUCAGCCUGAUUUCCAGAGACGAGAAGAGCGUGCUGGUGGUGACAUACAGUGACCUAAAACGCUGCUUUGAAAAUACCUUUCAAGAACUGAUUGCGGCUGCAAAUGGUCAGUUGUAGUAUUUGCUAAAAAUGUUGAGAGGGCAUGGUGAAGGACCAAGCCUCUAGCCAGUUUGCACUACGGCUGAACUGUCCUCCAUCUCCUGCCACCAGGGGGAGGAGCAGGAAGGAGCGAAGCUUCUCACACGUGGGUCUAACAGGUGCACUGUUACUUGAGAGGAAGACUGUCUCACUUUGUGCGCACUCUGGCUGCCUCAGGCCUCCGAGGAAUUUGUGCAGACUCAGGUCACCUUCGGUGAAUGACGCGCCUGCUUACGGUUUUCCACUUGUGUAUGCACUAAUUGUCAUUUUUUAAAGACUUUUUUCCUGAUCUUUGACCUCUUGCCACAUUGUAUACUUACUAAGGGAACUAUUUGCAAGGACAUUGGGAAACAAAGGGGGCAGCUGUUCGCCACUGAGAGAUGCAGAAUUUGCUCUUGGGGGAUGGGCCAGGUCAGUACAUUAGUUCAUAGAAAUGCCGUGUAGUGCAUAGUCCUUAUGAGUAUUGUGUGCAAGCUCCACAUGCCACCCACUGUUAGCUCAAGUUGAGGCUUGUAUUGUGUUUAAGAACACGCAGAGAGAAAUAUCAUUGAGCUGUCAGAUAUGAAUUUCCGUUUGUUGAUUUAAAUCCUUUUCCAGGUAACGAUCGGAACAGUAACUGAAGGAGCAGGCGCUGCUCUUCUCCAGGUUCAUCUAGAGGCUUCUUCAAAGAGGCGUCUGUCUGCCAGUCACAUACACUUAUCUUGACGUAAUUUUUAAUAGCAAAAUGAAAUUGUGCUGAAGGCCUAAAAGUGGAGGAGUUAUAUUACCUUAGGGUCUUUCCAGUUUAUUUGUUUUUUGUUUUUUUUUUUGUUUUUGUUUUUUGUUUUUUGUCUUUGAACUACAGCUUUAUAAUGGUACUUUACACUGGAUAGACUCAGACACUGUCGAGGAGGUGAGCUGAGCACAGCAGUGGCCUGAUGCUUUGCGGCCUGACUCUGGAGGGACACUUUUCUGCUGUGCCUUUGCACUCACUGCUUAACCCAAAGGAACAGGACUUUUGAUAAAACUCACCCUGUAGGGUCGGUCAUCUGAGAAGGCCAUUUCAAAAGUUGGAGUUUUCCUCCAUGGAACUUACUAUUUGGACAUGCAGUUGUCGCCAAACUCAAGUAUUGUGGGAUUUGUGGUCACUUCGAUACUGAAGACUGCCAAAUACAUUGGGAUUUUCUCUUAAACAGCCGCCAUGAAGACUUCAUCUCCUUCCCGGUGCUGUGUGUUGAGCGCGCACUGGGUGUGCACCCCAUACCUGGGAAGAAAUGUGGGGAUUUGGAGGUCAGGACAGACUCCAAGCACUUGCAACUGAUGUUACUGUCUUCAUUUUUAACAAGUAUGCGUAUUUGUAUAUUUCAGAGAAGUUUUUAACAUUUCUCUGUCCACUUUUUAUAAGCUUUAAAAUGAUUUUUCUCUGCCUUGAAAUUUGCAUCAAGAAAAAGCACCUCUCUUCACUGAAAGCUUUGAGGACUAGAGACACACUUCCCAUGUCUAACAAGCACGUCUGUAUCUGAGAGCGCUAGCAUCAGUUGUUAAUGAGAAAAUCAAUUACUGCAUUUGAUCUGGAUGGAUUUUAGAAGAACAUAAUGUUCAAUAUUCCAAGGAUAAUGAACAUUUGCCACCAUGAUGUUCCUUGUGUUUAAAGGGAACGAGAACUUUCGGUGUACCACGCAGAAGUCUUUAUCAUUAGCUCAUGUAUUUGAGGAAGAGCAGCUGUCUUUUUAUAUGUUUUUUGACAAAUCAUAUUGUAAUUCUUUUGUACAAAAAAGAACUACUUGUAUUCUAGAAGAAAUAUGAAAUGCUUAAUUUAUAAGCGGGCUGGAGAUUUUUUUCCAAUAUUGUUUUCUUUGAAAAUGAAAGGGGAUCAUCUAUUUUAGUUUUGGGGGCCUGGGAACUUUUUGAAAAUUUUCAUUUGUGGACCAAUGUUAUGUGAAUGCUAAGGAAGGGCAGGGGUAACAUAGGGCUUGGACCUCUAGUCCUGCAUAGACCAGCAAACUCCCCUCUGCAAGGCAGGUUCACAUCACAACCCCGAGUGUCUGCAUCAGAAAUGCUAGUCUGCUUCCGCCCCAGCAACCUCAGGACUUGGGUUGGGUAUAAAAGGUAGUCAGCUGAAAGUACCUAAGUAAAUAGUGUCAGCCAGAAAACAGUCGGUGUCAGGUGAUACGUAUUUUUUAGCUUUGUUUUAUAUUUAUUUUUCAUUUCAUUUUCAUUGGGAAUGGUUUUCAAAAGAACUCUUGAGUUCUGCUUUGAUGGGUUUCUUUUUUUUUUUUUUCUGUUUUGUUUUGCUUUGCUUUUUUUUUUUUUUUUUUUUUUUUCUGGGAGCCCUCUUUUCCACAGUGUAAACCCAUAUAGAAGGUUGUCUGAAAGUUACUAUUUAGUGCAUAGGAAGAGUUUAAUAUCUGAGAGUAUCGAAUGAAGGAUGUGAACUCAUCAUAACUUCCUGUUAUGACAGACACAACACGGAAAGGACAACCCUUGAAAUCAUGUCGCGUCGCUCACUUCAGCAGUGUACCCAUCUCCAGUCCUGUUAGUGUAUUCACUUCACUGCAGAUACCUUUGAGGGUGCCCUUGUGUUCUGCUUUGACCUUGGUUCUGUCAUUGGAUAGCAACAUUGUCUCUAGAAAGCACCAGUACGUUUAAGUUCUAAUGUCACAAUCCCAGUACCUGUUGCUCAUCUUUAACCCUGUUUUCAGUCUCUACGUGUAUAGCAGUAUUUUUUAAUAAAGAAUUGCAGAAAUAAACUUG